GAGAAUACCCUGCACCGAAACCAACUUCUCAGAAUCAUAGUUUCAUAGUCAAUGUACCGAAACGUAGUUCUGGGAAGUGUUGGCAACCGACGUAUCAGCCUUUUAACCAUGAAAUCUGUGCAAGAUUUUCUUUAAUUUCGUGAGUGCCAUUUUGAAGUUUUCACGAUAUCGCACACAGAAAAACGAUUUCUCCUAGCCUAUAGAAACGAGAACAUGACAGAAAAGGCGACGUUUGUGCACACUGGCAGCGGAACGCGGAGGGUUCUGCAGCUGAAACAUGCCACACCGGCCCGACUUGUGCUGGUGUUCGGGCUGAGGGAGCCUCCGCAGCUGCUGACGAGAGCGGACACGCAGGACGUCGUGUUCGCCGAGGGGAGCCCCGAGGAACCGUACUCUGACCUGGAGCCGGGGGCCGAGUACGAGUUCUCAGCUGCCCAGUCAGUGGCAGCCAAUGUGACAAUUCCCACCUCUAAACCAAAGAACCUGCGGCUAGCGGACAUCCAGCGAGCAUUGGUGUGCUGUCAGGCCGUGUAUGAGAAGACACCAGACGCCGUACAAGAGUUCCUGACAAAAGAACUGGAGAGCCAUGACUUCUGCAGUACUUCUGUAUCCUGCUAUGGGCGUGUGUCGUAUAUGGUAGCUGAGACUGAGGCCAAGGAUGAAGUCUUCAUUGCAUUUAGGGGGACGAGCAGCUUCGAGGAUGUGAUGGCCGACUGUUCCAUCUGGCAGCAGCUGGCAGCAGCCGGGCCUGAGGGACGCCAGACUGCAAUGGGUGGGCGGUGUCAUGCCGGAUUCCGUGAGCUGGCCUCCUCUAUCCCGGUCGACCCCUUCCUGAAGAAGUACCAGCACCACCGCAUAGUUCUGUGUGGACACAGCCUUGGCGGCGCCGUGUCACAUAUCGUCGCGCUCAACAUGCUGGUGGAGCUGAAGAGAAGGGGACUCCGCACUGACAACAUCAAGACCAUCGCUUUUGGAGCACCGUACUUCGGGGACGAGGGUCUCCGUUCCUACGUGGAGAAGGAGAAUCUGUCCGACUGCCUACUAACCGUGGUGAACCAGAAGGACCCGAUACCACGCAUUCUCCGACUGGCAGAAGCCGUUCAAACCGCUGUGACAACAACAUCUGAUAAGGUGAGGAAGUUCGUCAAAGACGUAAGGCCAUUGCUCACCCCAGUACUGAAGAUAGCGUCCUCGGGAGUUGGCGGCCCUGUCGUUGCGGGUGUCGCUGCUGCAGCUGGCACCGUUUUGGAUCAGCUUCCCCGUGCCAUGGAUGAACUGGACGGGCUGAUACGGGAACAGAACGUUACGUUACAGGAGUUGAACUCCAUCUACCGACCUGUAGGGUGGUACAUGUUCAUCACGUGCCAUGAGGCUCCCGGCAGUUUCCGCACAACAUGGAAGGAAGGCUAUACACGAGAGGAACGUCAGAUCAACAGGUUCAUAACAGACAGUGGACGCCUCACUCCGGAGAUGAUACACGAACACAAGGCUGUGUGCUAUGCAACUGCCUUUUACAAUGUCUCAACCAGAAAGGAGUACGACACAGUCCUCACACAAGCUCCAGUCUGCGAUGUAGUUGACAGCUUUGCCCCCGAGGUAUGGAUUCAACGGAACAUCUCCAUGGAAACAGCCUUUCCACCACACGUCAACAAAGUUUCCCUUGUCAGUAUUGCAAGCCUGGAAGGUGAUAAGGAUAAUGGGAAGUUGUUGGUGACUAUUGAUGGUGAAAACCUAGACUUCUUCAUCCUCCCAUCGGAAGAUCCUUUCACAGGUAUUCCGUAUGACAAGACAAGAAGGGAACCGGUCACUGUGAACUUCAAAAGCUCCCGGCAAGUUCUCUUGGAGUGUUACCUUACUGAUGGGGCAUUCGACCCUUUUCCCACCAUCACGGUUAGAACUCACUUUGAGGAAAUCCAGCAUCAUACCACGAAAGAAGAAGUCAAGGAACUGAAGGGCUGUACACUGGGUCAGCUAGCCGUUGGGCAGUUGAGGCCAGAACUCCUCAUCAAGGCAACACAGCGUUGCUUGGCAACAGUGAUGAUGAUGCCGGAAUCCCGCCGACAAAAGGAACUUAGGAGUAACGCCAUGAUGUCGUACCUGGACAAGCUUGAUAAGGGUAGACAUGCCGUCAGAAAUGGUAAAAACCCAGAACUAUUCGACAUGGUGGCAGCUGCUUUAUCUGGUGGCCUAGCGGACCUUCAGGAUGAGAAGCUGGGACCGGUGGUGGGUGAAAUUGUGGCCGAAGUCGGGAACCAUCUAAAGGUGACGUACCCUAUGGGUCUUAAGGAUUGGGUGCUGGGAACGCUGCUCGGGCUUACAGCGGUGGCUGGUGUGGUAGUCACAGGUGGAGCUGGUGCUGCUUACAUUGGUGCCUUGGCGAUCAGUAUGACGGGAGGGGAGGCUAUAGCUGCGGCCGUCGCUGGUCUCCUAGCGUCCGGAGCCAGCAUUUUCAGCAACAUGAAGUAUCAGGAAUUUUUCACCAAUGUGGAAAGGAAUUACAAGGGUGUUCUCAAGACUCUGAUUGAGGAGCUACCAUCUGUGCAGGAUGUCAACGAGGAGAACUCAAUCCGUGACAGGGCACUGGAUGACGAUGUGUACAGUCUGGAAUCAGCUCUCAUGACCAAGUAUGAGAUGCUUGGAUGUCUUGAUAAAGAUUUUGACUACAUUGCAAAACUUCAUCCAUUCAAGACUACUUGGGGCAAGAAGCUAGGCACAGCAACUAAGGGGUCCCAACAGGAGGCGGUGAGACGCUGCCAGAUGACCUGUGACCUGUUCCGGCUCCGUCAGCUGCUCAUGAAGACUUGCUUCGUGGGUCUGAUCGGGCCGCAAGAUGCAGGCAAGACGACACUCAUCAAGACGCUUUGGGGACUGGAGGAGGUGAAAGACAUCGGCUUCCAGAAGCACACCAAAACAGCCGUGCUUUACAAGGCGAGGGGCACAGAGAGGAUGGUGAUUGUAGACUUUCCUGGCACAACCACAGUUGAUACUCAGGUAGCCACGCUGGUGAACCACUGUGGGGGACUGGCCAGUUUCUUCAUCCUCGUCAUGCCGUUCACCGGUGAUCCCAGUAAGAUAAACAUUGACCAACUCAACAAGGUCAAGGCCUUUGGCUGCACCUUCGUGAUCUGCAUCAACCAAUGUGGACGAUUUCCUGAUGCGUUUAAGACCCAGGAAAACACAGACAAGUUCCGUGCCGACUUCUCCGAGGUGCUGGACGUGAAACCUUCGGACAUCUUCUUCACCGACUUCGUGUCGUGCAGCACGGAGAUGCGCGCCGUGGGGCUGAUGGGAGUUGAUGACGUCAGGCGGUGGAUCAGGGACUGGCUGGUGACGUAUGACGUGUUCGAGAAGGACGAGCCUGAGCUGAGCAGGGCUGUCAACGAACAGGCAGCUGGGAAGGGGCUUACAUGUAGAUUUUCAGAUUUAAAGAUCUAAAGAUUUUCAGAUCUAAAGAUCAGAUUUAAAGAUCUAAAGAUCAGAUUUAAAGAUCUAAAGAUUUUCAGAUCUAAAGUCUUAGAUUUUCAGAACUGAGACCUUUCUCGGCUUUCCUGCAUAUGGAACAGAACAGGCUACAGAAGCUACUUUUGCGAGUAAAUGCAGCAUAUUUACUCCUUUCACAGUUCUAUCUCUUCUGUAUCAUUAGCUUUUGCAUAAUUGGCCCAAAAUGGAACAAAUGGUACAAAAUAGAAUAUUACAGAAAAUGCUGAGAAGAAGACAAUCACGUGUCUUAUAUCUGGCAUGAUAAUAAUUUGAGAUUGAAUAGACCUAGUAAAGUUAUAUUUUUGUGAACAUUUACUAAAUGGAAUAAAGGCUAUAUUGAAAAAUUGAUAUAUCACAGAGCAAUGUUGAUUGCUUUGUAUGGUAAUGAUCGAUGAGGAGAAGACAAUCACUGUCUGACAUUAAUGUAUUUGGAAUGGCAUUAUUUUGAUGUUUAAUAAACCAUGUUAAGUAUUGUGAACAUGUACUAAAAUGUGAAGCUUUUCAUAAUGUGAUAAAUUGACAUCAAUGAUUGAUAUCAUUCUAUUUACCAACUGUUAGCUUAAAGAAGAGAGCUAUAUCACACUCAAAGCAAAAACAGUGUUUUCCUUCUGCGAAGAUAAUUAAACUUUAUUCUGACUAUUACACGUGGAAUAUAACAAUGCUGUACAUCAAAUUAUUGGUUACAGUCUGUACUUUGCUUGGAAGUCUAUGGUUAACUGUCUAAAGUUAUAAUAUCAGUUUAACUGAAGUUUGCAAGCUUCGUCUGCAACCGGAUUUUACGCCGUUCUGGCGUCUUGACUUGCGUUGCGGUCUUUAGACUGGAAGAGGUACUCAUGCUCGCAGAUUAUGAAGUUUUGUGUAGUUUUUGGCAAGCUUUGUUUAGGGGAGUCAUUGUGUGUUGUAAUUAUUAUGCCGUUGUAUCUUUUGAUCAAAUGUUGUUGCCAUAAUGUUAUUAUGUUUAAUUUCUUAUCACUUUAAGACUUAUACCUUGUAACAUAAUCCAGCUUGCGAGACAUGGCCAUUAGAUAAGCAGAGGAAAUCAUUUAAGCAGAGAAAGUCAUUUAAGCAGACAUUUUGCUAAUUCUCUUUGAGUUUGAACUGACUUCUGUUAUGGUGUGUAUAAUGGCGUUUAUUUUACACAGUAUUUCAUUGAUGACAGCUUAUGAGGUUUUGUGUAGCUUUUGGCAAGCUUUGUUUAGAGGAGGCGUUGUUUGUUGUAAUUCUUCUGCCGUUGCAAUUGUAUCUUUUGAUCAAAUGCACUCGUUGUCCUCUAGGCCAUGAUGUUAUAUUAUAAUAUUCAACAGUUAGACUUACACUUUCGUAAUGGCUAAUGUAACAGACUAUAAAAAUAGCAAAUGACAGAAAUGAUGACUAUCACAGAACGGUUAAAUUUCAUCUGUGCCUGUCUUGAUGUGCCUUAAUUGUUAGGAAUAUCAAGUAGAAAUGACAUGUACUAAUGUUUACGUAUCAUACU